AUGUUUCAGAGUCUCAAACAGUAUGCUCGCUUUUUAUCGCACGCAAACGUAGUUAUAGAUACGUAUUUCAUGAUGUCUGGACUUCUACUGAUGAAGAAUUUCAAAUUGGUGGCAGGAACAUCGAAAAGCCCAUUUAAAAUGUUGUUGAAACGAUAUUUCAGGUUAAUAUGGGUGUUUAUUGUUACAAUCUUUAUAUCAAUCACCGCCUCACCUUACCUUUACGACGGUCCAUUAUGGUUUAAAUUCGCAAAAGUAGAGCAGGAUUUGUGCAAGAAAAAUUGGUGGGUGUCACUACUUAUGUUAGGCAACUACAUCGACUCUUCAAAUAGUUGCAAUUUGGUAACGUGGUACGUACCGGCCGAUUAUCACUUGUCUGCGGUUAGUGCAAUUAUGUAUUGGCUGUAUCAGAAAAAUCAUCGCAGUGGUCAGUACUUGUUUGGACUUGUUACAAUCGUUUCAUUAAUACUGCCUGGACUCAACACCUACUUAAAACAGCUGAGUGCUGUAACCGUUUUUGAUAUUGAGACUAUUGAAGAUUUUCGUAGAUCCAUAAUUGGCUCACCGAUGUAUGUACAGAGUCACUUGCGAGCAGCUCCUUACUUCGUAGGUGUAAUAGCAGGUUACAUUAUCUCCGUGUAUAAACCAACCAGUUACAGAAACGUAAUAUCGUUGAAAUAUUCAAUCCCUAUAUUUAUUACAAUUAUGGUGCUAUCUGCAACAAUACUGGUCAUGGGUCCAGCUUAUCAAUUCCGCGAAUACAAUGUCAUAGAAUCCUCAUUCUUUGCCGCAUUAAAUAGACCCAUUUGGGCUGGCCUUAUGGCAGCAUUUAUAUUACUGUGCGAAUACGGAACUUUACCUCUCAUCACUGACUUCUUAAGCUGGUCAGCAUUCGUGCCCCUAAGUAAGCUCUCCUACGGGAUCUACAUGUGCCAUUUCUUCUUCGUUAUGAGGCUAACGGUAGAUUUGCGUAAUCCGGCGUGGUAUGAUUUGUUCAAAAUUCUGCAAGAUUCAAUGGGUAUUGUUGUGAUUACUUAUCUGCUGAGUUUGUAUAUAUCGUUGUUUAUCGAGUCCCCAUUAAACAAUUUAGUGGCUCUUGUACUAAAAAUUAAGCCAUCAAAACAAACUGAUAAUGACAAAAGCGACAUGACGACUCUUAAAAGUGAUUCAUUAAAUGAAAAUAGUAUCAACAAAGUGGCUUCUGUAAAGGAAACAGAAUUUGUGUCAAAGAAAUAUAAACUUAUAGAAGGUACUUCUGGUCUACAUUUGCGUGGUGUAGACAAUAGUGGAUAUAAUACUGAAGAGUUUGAAGGAUCCAAUAAGAAUAAAGUUGAAUAG